GGCUCUGGGACCACUUCCUCCUUCUUACUCUGAAGCUGGGAGCAGGCCUCCUGAGCCCUCUGGAGCACAUUCCAGGAUGCCUUAGCCCAUCUGUGACCCCGGGUGGGGGUGGCUGAGGGUGCCGUUGGAGGCCACCUUCUCUGCUUCAGGGGUAGUUGAGGACCACCCUGGAGGUCUACAGAAUGGAGCAAGAGAGUAAGGAGAAGCUGGCAUCUGUGUCCAGUCUGGUGACUGUGUUUGAAAACAGCAGGACUCCAGGAGCAGCAAUCAGAGUCUCCAAACUGGAGGCUGAACGUCACCUCCCCGGGUACAGCCUUACCCCGUCUGCAGAACCAUGGAAGGAGUCCCACGUUGGGGAGAGCCUGGGGUCUGAGCCCAGGACAGUCAGCAGGAGGUACCUGAACUCCCUGAAGAACAAGCUGUCCAGUGGAGCCUGGAGGAAAUCUUGCCAGCCCGAGAUCCACCCUGGGCCAGGGACGCAGAUGCCAGAGGAAAAGAGAAUCGUCCAGGAACUACUGGAGACAGAGAAGGCCUAUGUGGCACGCCUCCAUCUGCUAGACCAGGUGUUCUUCCAGGAGCUGCUGAGGGAGGCCCGCAGCAGCAAGGCCUUCCCCGAGGACGUGGUGAGGCUCAUCUUCUCCAACAUCUCCUCCAUCUACCAGUUCCACGCGCAGUUCUUCCUCCCGGAGCUGCAGCGGCGGCUGGAUGACUGGACAGCCACCCCCCGCAUCGGCGACGUGAUCCAGAAACUGGCCCCGUUCCUGAAGAUGUACAGUGAGUAUGUCAAGAACUUUGAGCGAGCCGCCGAGCUUCUGGCCACCUGGACUGACAAGUCUGCACCCUUCCAGGAGGUGAUCACCCGCAUCCAGAGCAGCGAGGCCUCCGGCAGCCUGACUCUGCAGCACCACAUGCUGGAACCUGUGCAGAGAAUCCCACGCUACGAGCUGCUGCUCAAGGAAUACAUCCAGAAGCUGCCAGCCCAAGCCCCAGACCGGGCAGAUGCUCAGAAAGCGCUCGACAUGAUCUUCUCAGCCGCUCAGCACUCCAACUCAGCCAUCACUGAGAUGGAGCGGCUACAGGACCUGUGGGAAGUGUACCAGCGCCUGGGGCUCGAGGACGACAUAGUAGACCCCUCCAACACGUUGCUCCGUGAAGGCCCUGUCCUCAAGAUCUCCUUUCGCCGCAGCGACCCCAUGGAGCGCUACCUUUUCUUGUUCAACAACAUGCUGCUGUACUGUGUGCCCAAGGUCAUCCAGGUGGGCGCCCACUUCCAGGUGAGGACCCGCAUCGACGUGGCCGGGAUGAAGGUGCGGGAGCUGACCGAUGCGGAGUUCCCCCACUCCUUCCUGGUGUCCGGGAAGCAGCGCACCUUGGAGCUACAAGCGCGGUCCCAGGAGGAAAUGAUUUCCUGGAUGCAGGUAUCAGAACGAUCCAGGGCCCCUAGGAUUCUGACCCCACACUACUCACCCAGGCUGAGGGGGAGGGUGGGGUGUGCGUGUACAUGUUCAUGGUGGGGGGGCAGGUGUCUUGCUCUGUCUUCCUCCUGUCCCUGGUUGCUCUCAUGCCCCCGCCCCCCAGGCCGGGGUACAGACGCGGUCCUCCCCUGCCUCACCCCCCAGGUGGUGUGUGCCAAGUGCUCCGACUACCGGGCUGAGCUCAAAUACAAUGACAACAGGCCCAACAGAGUCUGCUUCCACUGCUACACCUUCCUCACCGGCAGCGUGCUCCCCGAGGACAAGGAGGACAGGAGGCGGGGCAUCCUGGAGAAAGGGUCUGUGGCAGGGUCGGAGCAGAGCCUAAUGUGCAGCUUCCUGCAGCUGGUCGGGGACAAGUGGGGCAAGAGCGGCCCCCGGGGUUGGUGCGUGAUCCCCCAGGAUGACCCCCUCGUCCUCUACAUCUACGCUGCCCCUCAGGACAUGCGGGCUCACACCUCCAUCCCGCUGCUGGGCUACCAGGUGACUGCUGGGACCCAGGCAGACCCCCGGCUCUUCCAGCUGCAACAGUCAGGCCAGCUCUACACUUUCAAGGCUGAAACCGAGGAGCUGAGGGACCGCUGGGUGAAGGCCAUGGAGCGGGCGGCCAGUGGCUGGAGCCCCGGGAGGCCCGAUGAUGGGGACCUGUCUGACUGACCCACAGCUGGCCACUCUCCCCUUCAGAGUCCGGCUCCCGGCAUGGGCUGUCCCUGCGGCCUCUGUCAUCCACGGUUCCAAGCUGAUCUUUCAAAUAGCUGAUUUCCAGGGGCGCCUGGCUGACUCAGUCUGUAGAGCAUGCGACCCUCGAUCUCGGGGGCGUAAAUUUGAGCCCCAUGUUGGGUGUGGGGAUUACUUAAAAAUAUAAAUAAACUUUAAAAAACAAACGAACGACUGAUUU